AAUUUUAAGUAGAUCCUGAGCACAUGAAUUGCAAAAAAACAUUUUGGUCGUAAAAUAAUAAUAAUAAUUGCCUAAAGUUUGUAUAAUGGACAGGAAUAAUUACGAAAAUGCAGAUGAUAUAAAUGAAAUGGAGUCACUUUUGUAUGCUCAAAUACAUCACGAGGUCGUAAACGAAAAUAAAACUCCCGAGUUAGGAACUCUAAAUGCUUCUAAAGAUUUCGAAGGCAAGAGCAAUGAUAAACAACAAGUCAUAGAAACAAACAUAGGCACUGACUGCCUGACUGCAAGUCAAUUAUUAUCGAAACGUUACUGGAAUAGUACGAAAGUAACUCCUGAUUGUCAACAGAACCAAGGAUUCGUACACAAAACAAAGUAUGCUUUUACUCGGAAUCCGCUAAAAGUCGAGCAACAACGCAACCUCUAUCAUUCAGAGAAUAUCGACGGCAAUGUUAACGCUAAUAUUAAGAGUUCAGAAUACGUUAUCCAACGGAAUGGUAAAAAGAGUGCUGCCAAAAUUCGGCCAAUGUCGAAAAUAGAUCUAAAACCCAAUCCAGUAGCCAGGUGGAUGGAGCGAAAUAAAAAGGAUUCCAUCAAAGCUUUAAAUACCGCAAACCCUCGUAAUGUGUUUAAUGUUCCUAAACUAUUAAAAAAUGGUCCAUUUAGUAGACAAAUGCAAAAGCUCGAGAAACACAAGCAAAUGAAAGAAAAGAAAGAAAAGUCCAAAAAAGCACGAGCCUCAGCUGCAACGGUAGAAGUUGCAGACGUAAUUGAAUUGGAUUCAAACGAAUCGGAUAACAGUGAUGUUAUUAUGAUUACUGUGCCGCCGCCGCCUGUCAUUACAAUUGCGGAAAGUGACGACGAAAAAUCCAAAAACUCUGUUCAGUCGAAAAUUGCGAAAAAAGUAACUGGAGUAGGCUCGAAAGAUGCACAAAUAAAGAAGACCUGUUCGAAAUUUUUAAAACCUAGACAUGUCCGCGCAAUUCUUCCUGAAUCGACGGAGAAGAGCUUCGAAAAUUCAUCCCGUUGUACAUCGGCAUGUUCGAUAAUUUCAUCUGAUGAUUUUAUUGGGCAAAACGAUCGAAGUCGUUUGCUUACAACUUCUAGUGGAAUCGCUGACGAUGAAGACCUCGUGUUACUUACUUCUGAUGUGGAUAAUUUAAUGCAAGCUCAGCAAGAGGAAAGUACUUGUGAAAAAAGUCAGCACAAUGAAGUUUCCAAGAAGCAAGAACAAGCCGACUCUGUUCCUGCUACUCUGUGUGACCCAAUUCGUCGCAAAAUUAAUUAUCGCGUUGACCAGAACCAAUUCAAGGCAUUGGAUGUGUACGAAAGUGAAUCGGAUAUAGCUGAUAACAUAUACGUGAAAGGUAUGGCAAAACCUACAGUCAUUCGGGAAAUUGUUAGCAGUUCCGAAAGUGUAGAAGAUAUCAGUUCCAUACCGAAAACAAAACGACUUCGCAAACGUAGAACCUUAAGCAGCCAGAAAGAUUUAGAAAUUAACAGUGAACUUGAAAGUACUGAUGACAAUGAAGAAAUCGAUGGAGGCAAAAACAAUGUUCAUAAUAUGCCUUAUAUAGCGCGGGGUCCAGCCGUAGAACAUUACAAAUCACGAAAGAGGCUGUCUACAAAUCCUGAGGUUUCGCUUCCCGUAAAAACUUCAAAAUUUGCAAAUGCUGCGAGUGGCACUCGUGACGCCAAUUUUGUUUCACUAUUAAAGAAUUUGGUUCAAGAUAGAGACAGUUUAAUGAAUGCGGAAAUGGACCAAACUGACUCAAGCGAAGGGCUAACUGCUCGUGAGAAUGCUGAAAAAGUUUUGACAAAGAAAAAGGCACCAACCCCUUCUGUGCCUAUGGAUGCGGCCUUACCAGAAAGGGCAUGUGAGGGUUUAACCGAAGUUUUUCAGACGAUUGAUGAAUUUGACAAAAAUAGGAAAAACGAAGAUGAAUUAGAUUAUUAUGCGUCACCCAAGCCGGGCUUACAGGAGGGCAACAGAAUUGAGGUAAUCGCUUCGGAUGAUGAUCAAAUAGUAGAUCUAAUACAUGAAGAAGAAAAUCCCCUUUUUACUGCCGUUUCUCAUCCAAUGGCAACACAACAAAAAAUUAUAGCCAAUGAUUCACCAAUAUAUAAUAUCACUUAUUCUAAAGAUUACAAUCCGGCGAUUGGACCCGGCUGGAAUGAAGAAAUGCGCAAAUUCUACCAUGAGUCUUGGCAUGGUGAAAAGUUCUUUUUAAGACGGAUAUUAGUAAGGAUGAAUCCUGAUAAAAGCCUAUGGAAAAUUUAUACUGAAGACCGUUUCAACAAACCAUUACGACGUUUCAGGAACUUAAAAUGCACCAAUUGUUGCGAAUUUGGCCAUCUCCGAUCUAAAUGUAAACGGCCUAAAAAGCCUAUGGUUUGCUAUAUGUGCGGCGAAGGUGGUCACCACGAACCUCGCUGUCCCAACACUAUAUGUUUAAGGUGCGGAAACAAGACUCAUGUGUUUACAAAAAGUUGCAAUGCAUGCACCUUUCAAAAUCGCCUUACUUGUCCGAUAUGUAAUAUUCGUGGACAUUCGGUUGAAUUCUGCCCUGACAAGUGGCGUAGAUACCAUUCAACGACAGAACCAAACGUUCUUCCCAUCUACAAAAAUGUCCAAUAUAAUAAAAGGAAAUAUUGCUGCGUAUGCGGUGCUCGCGGUCAUUUAUCUGAUUCUUGUAACAAUGCUGUACGCAUUAUGGAAUAUCCAGUUAUAUUAAGUACGAUAAAAUCGUACCAAAAAUCAUAUCCGGAUUAUCCAACUAGAUCCCAAUAUAACGGCAUUGGUCUAAACUUGAUGUAUGAACCUAAUAAAGAUCUGUACUUUCAAAUGGCUAAUAAUACCGACGAAGAAAAAUAUUAUGGUCGUUUUCUAAACACUGUCGGCAUGGGUUAUCUACUAAAUCGCCGAACAGAUACAAAUUUAGAGAAACCUUCGAUCGAAAAAACCAAUAUCCGUAACUCAUGCUCCAAAGCUACUAACCAACAGGCGGAAAAAAAUGCAAUGGAUCCUCCAAAUCAAGUUCAAGAGGUAAGCGAAAGUGGUAGUGUUGAAAUAGUUGCACUUGCAGAUAAUAGCGAAGUCUCGAUAGCUAGCACGCAAGAUCCUGAUAUCGUUGCAAAUGAUGAUAAUGAUGACGACACCAGUCCUGCCGUUGUUUUUAUUGAAGAUGAAAUUGCUGAAAAUAUCCAAUUACAUGUGAAAGGCAAUGACGCUCAAAUAACUGAUAGCUGCGUGUCUAAUGUUGAAGAUGUUGAGUCCCCAGGCUCGAAUUCCAAUUACAGCUUCUCUGAACAUUUUCAAGAAGCGUCAGCUUAUAAACCUGUAUGUGAUCAAACUAGUGACCUCCAACAGGUGCAACCGGUUAAAGAGAACACUAAAAUACGGGAAAUGAAAGCUUUGCCAGACUUUAUUCCUUUGUUUAAUUCUCCUGAUGUUAACGAUAUUUCCAGUAACGACGACAAUGAUAAUGAAGCACCAACAGAAGACGACUGCUUGCAGGCUGGGAUUUCGCGCAAGUUCGUUAUGAUUAAUUCGGAUGAAGAGAAUGCGGAAAAUAGUACGAAAUUGCCGCCAAAUUCGCCUUGCGAGGCUAAAAUUUAUUUGACGCGUUUCCAUAGUAAAUAUCUAUUAUCACCCAAGGGUCAUAAAUUUUUGAUCAAAACAUCGGAGGAAUGUGGCUUGAAAGCUCGUCUUGACUGGACCUCCGUAGGGCAUGUUCUCAUUAUCUUUGGUUUUCCGGCCGCGCAAGAUAAGUUCCAUGCAAAACUCCUUGACAUCUUUCGAAAGCAUUUCGAAACGAUGCAACUACAGAAGUUUCAAAAUGUGCCAAAACGAACCGAUGGGCUUAUACGGUUCCUGCGUGGAAACAUUAAACAAUUACUAACCAAUUUGGGCAGCGCUGAGAGCUUGCUGCGACGUGUCGAGACCUAUGAAAAGAGGCAAACAAAGCAAGCUUAUAAAAUUGCUGAAAAGGCUCGACGUUCUCUCAAUAUGAUCCUUCUUGGGCAGGCCGGAUUAGCGAACGGCGGUAACCAUUUAGACAAACUCUUAAUGAAUUUGAAAAGCCUUAUUGAUAAUCAUAGCGCCGAAGACCUCGCACCCUCGGAAUUGCGAACUGAAAUAACGGAACAUUGGCUGCCAAUUUUCACAUCAUAUCGUCAUAGCAACUACCAGGAAAUGGUUGAGACAUAUAAUAAAUUGAUCUCCAGAAACCGCUUGCCAAAAUUAAACUUUGAUCUUCAGCUAUUAGGCGUAAAAGUAUUCAACAGAAAGGGAACUUUCGGUCGAAAAGAAAGAAUUAACUCAAGCCAAUUGUCGAGCUUGAAUAUACAGUCGACUUUAUCUAAUUCCACAAGCGGAAAAAGUGCAAAAAAUAUGAUAAAUAGACAAAAGCCAGAUGACAUAAAGCGUUCAAGUUCAGCGUCUUUUAAAAAUUCAAAAAUUGCAACAUCUGCAACCAUCUCGCCCACACAAGUAUCAUUAGCAAAAUUAACCUCAAACGAUUUCAAAAAAUCACCGCAAAAUCAAUGUAAACAGAUGACGCCACCACCGCAAGCAAGUAUCAAUGUUAAUGAAACUUCUACCACGAAAUUUAAGAAUUGUUGCGAUACUUUUUUGAGUAACAUUACUAGCGAGACAAAUAAGCAGAGUGGAAAUGCGAAAUUAGCGUCAGUGUAUUGGUCGCGGGAGUCUUUACUUUUUUUAAAUGAAUGCAUUAAUGUUAUGACUGGCCCAGCUGAAGUCCUUGAAGGCCUUGAACGCGUUCAGACCAAGGCUAAAAACUCUCAACUUUCUUAUGCUGACUAUUUAGCGGUUAUAAAACUUCGUAACUCUCUCAUUCGCAAAUAAUGCCGGUAAUGAAACAACGACUUCUCAUUAUUGUCCAUAUUAUAUUUUAUUAUUAAACAACUAUACAUUUUGUACAGCUUUAAAACGAUUUUCCGUUUAUUACAUUGAACUCGGUUCGCUUCAAAAUGG